AUGGCCACGAGAGGCACAGGCACCGCGGCGUCCGCUCAGCCCAUCGUUCAACCUGUCCAACGCAACGUCCCUGCACCGUCCCCUCUAUCUACCGUCUCUCCCCCCUCUAAAAGGGAAUUGGCAUCAUGGUGGAAGAAAUUUCGCAAGACAACUGAAAAAACCGAUGAAAAAGUCGAAAUACAGCCUGGUAUUUUCGGUGUCCCUCUAGCCGAUAGCAUCAGAUAUGCGAAUGUCGCCAUCUCACUCCAGAAUGAGAGUGGCGAAAGCUUUAUAUAUGGAUAUGUCCCCAUCGUCGUUGCGAAAUGCGGUGUCUUCCUGAAAGAGAAAGCAACCGAUGUGGAGGGCAUUUUCAGAUUGAAUGGAUCAGCUAAACGGAUAAAAGAUCUACAGACAAUCUUCAAUUCUCCUGACAGAUAUGGCAAAGGCCUGGACUGGACUGGAUACACGGUACACGAUGCAGCCAACAUCCUUCGCCGCUACCUAAAUCAACUACCCGAACCGAUUGUGCCCCUCGAUUUUUAUGAUCGAUUUCGCGAACCUUUGCGCAGGACGCAACGCCCACCUCAGACCGACGGUGAAGCGCAACCUGUUGAUUUCAGCCUUGAUGAGCACAAUGCGGCAGUGUCGGCCUACCAGAAACUUAUCACAGAGCUUCCACCCUUGAAUCGUCAGCUCUUACUGUAUAUCCUAGAUCUGCUGGCUGUUUUCGCAUCCAAGUCCGACCUUAACCGAAUGACCGCUGCAAAUUUGGCGGCUAUCUUUCAGCCUGGUAUCAUCUCACAUCCCACGCAUGAUAUGGCUCCUCGGGAAUAUCGUCUCAGCCAGGAUGUACUUAUUUUCCUCAUUGAGAACCAGGACAAUUUCCUUAUUGGUAUGUCAGGCACAGCUGUGGACGAGAAAACUCAAAAGGAUGUUGAGAGUGGUGCGCCAUCCCUGAAGUCACCAAAAGCUGUGGUUCGUUCUGCCUCGAAUGCUAGUGCAGGUGCUGAGAGUAUGCGAAAAUUUGGUGUAAGACGCAACGUCUCAGUGUCCUCUCGAGGUUCACGGGAUCGCGGAAGUCCUGGUGUCUCGAGCCCAGGCACUCCUUCCGGGCUUGGGACCUUCCCAGACGGCACAGCGGGUGCCAAAAUUGCUCGCAGUAAUACUGUCCCAUCCAAAAGAUCGCCGGCCAUCGCUCCAAGUCGAUUUCAAAGAUUAAAUGAUGCAACGGACUCCACGCCACCUGCACAGAGCCCGGCAACUAUUACUCCUAGUACACCAAAUGCAAAUGGAGAUGCUACAGAAUCUAAAUCCUCGCGCUCUGGUUCCAUCGGGCCAGACGAAGCUUUCAGCAGUCAGGGAGCAACGGGACAACUUAUUGAGCAAAUCCCAGGGCAACCUGCUCUGCCACAGCCAGCGACCCAGCCACAACAGCCUAACGUCGCGUCGUUUCCACCAGUACAAGUCAACCAAUCUGUGGGACCUGCACACUCUGUUACACCAACACCAAUCACUACUCGAGAAAGGAAAAUCUCCAACCUCUUUCCCAAAUCCCCCAUCUUUGGACCCUCCGAACCUCAGCAGCAGAGACAGCCUAGAAAGCUUCAAAAGAAACCGAAAAUUCCAGGUAGCGCGAAUGAGAGUGCACAGAGCUCCGUGAACUCCCUCCACGCAGAUGACGCUGCACCUUUCAAAACGCCACUGGCAUCGCCUGAUCUGAAUAGCGCCUCGCGGCUUGAUCCUUUGGCUGCACCCACAGGGCCUGCUCUGACCAACACGGCGCCCACCCCUGUCAAUGAAGCGCCCACGAGAGAUUUCUCGACUCCAGGCUCGCAGACUGCCAACACGCCACAGAAUAACACAACCGGAUUGAAACCCCGCAAAUCUCCCACAACGUCAACAAAGUCGAGGUCGUCGUUCACUGAUCAUUCGGAGGCCGAUGCACUUGAUGAGAACAAGGUCGCACCAGAAGACAAGGAGAAGCGACGUCACAGGUGGCGAUUUUCUUCAUCGGCCAAAAAGGCUGAGAAUUCACCGCUGGCACCACCUCCCGCAAUAGGUCAUAACGCAGGAGCUCGAGGAAGCAAUAGCUCCCUAGGGAGUUCGCAUCGGCCUCGAAAGAGUUUCACAGGAGAUUCUCAACAAACACAAUCCGCGUCCCUCUAUGGAGAGAUGAUUCCUGGUCAACAGUCCUUGGUUGGCCCAUCGAGUAAUGAGUCCGGGGAGGGAUGGAAAGAAAACGCAGACACAGAGAAGAAGGGAAUUUUUGGGAAGUGGAAGGCGAAAAUGUCUCAGACAAAGGAGGAAAGGCAAGCCGAGAAAGAAAGGGCCCGGAGCCCUCCAGCAACGGACCACGGAGCGUCCCGAAACAGUCUCUCAGCUUUUGCUCAAGAGCAUCUAUCUCCUCGAGGGCGGUCUUUCGACAGGUCGAGGGACGAGGGUUUACCAGGGUUACAAGAACGACAAGCAAGCGAGUCCCAGAAUCAGGUCAGGAAGGCGUCAUUCGAUUUGAGGCGUGGAGAGGGCAAACAAUCGCCAUGA